ACGUGUGAACAACAAACAGUUGGUGGACUUCAGCAAGCUAGCGAAUGGUAACGCCAGGCAAAACAGGUUCAACGUACUUCUCCCGGAUAGAGAAACACCUACAGAACCUGUGCGGUUAGAAAAUCUUUACGAUCUCAUAACAAAAAGCAGCAUUAGUACCGACAGGUGUAGCCUCGCCACGGUUCCCCAGCGCAAACGUUAGGCAUUGAAACAUGCUCAUUGCGAGGAGUGUGACGCCUGUUUUUUUUCUGGCCGCCGCUGGUCGACGGUUGUGAUGCAAGCCGAGCAACACGACAGAGGGUGAGACUACAGCCGGAAAAUAAUUCUAUUUACGGGGAAGAAUGGACUUGGUCGGGGGGAAACAGACGGGCUCACGCAAAGAAGCUGGCACGCGACCACACACGGGCCCGAACGUCAUUGUCGGGAAACAACUUUAGCAAGCUAGCUAACGUUAGCUCGCUCAGAAUUCAUGCGAAGAUAUCGGUUUGGUGUCAGGACAGCAAGUUCACUCCGAGAAGCGUUACGGUGUGGAGUGACUUGUUCACUUCGCUCUGACUGUUUUCUUAAACCUUGCUGGCGAUGUGUUGACGACAGUUAGCUUCUCUUCGGCUCCCUCUUGGAGCAAGGACGCGGUUGGCAGAAAUUAUUAAGCGUCGGUUGCCUUCCUGGAUCAUGGUGUAGCAAAGUUGCCAGGUUUGGUAUACAGAUAAUUACUGGAACAGUAUCCAUUUCACACAGACUUUAGUGUUUUGUGUGAAAGUGCACUUUAAUUAGCUUUUGUUGUUUUUUAAACAAUGCCCCAAAUCAUUUAAAUACCCCUUACUACAUCAAACAAGUUAACAUAUAGAUAUAGUUCUCUGAUUGCACUUAAAUAUAAUAUCUUCUUAAAUUCAUAUUGACAGGCUUAUCCAUGUCAAUUGUUUCACUGGAAAUGAAAACAUGAAUUUUGAAGACCAGCGUCUAGAUCUGUGCAAUGUCAAGACAAAAAGUAAUGUGGCUGAUGAUCACAACACUACCCACAACACGGAAGGGGUCACCCCCCGCAUCUCUGAACUGAUGACGGACAGUAACACAGAAAAACAAAACAUCGUUCCCACCGAGGCUUCCUACUUCAUGCCUCAGCUCACUGACAACCUUCAAGCAGCCGAGGAGGACAACCACCAAGACCCGCUGGAGAUCGACGAGGUCAAUGGAAAUAGAAAGAGCACGGCUCAAGACACCGCUGCAGUAGUGAAUCCCACUGACUUAAUUUUUUCUAACGAUGAACAGCACAAGGCUGAUAUUGGGGGCGUGCAAAUGAAGGAAGAUAAAGACACUGAUCCCGCAAAACCUGUAGCGGAAGAAGGGGAUGAUGAUGGCGACAUGGACAUAGGUGUUGAUCUCAGUCUCGACGAGAGCGGAGUGUUGGAGGCUGAAUCGACAAAUGACAGAUUAUUCACGGACAGUGCUGCAGAUUCCGAGUCCACGGCUCAGGAUGUCCCAGCUGGCAGCACGGCAGAGAGCCCGUCAGAUGCCGUCCAGACGGGCGGCUCGGAAGCCUCUGCCCCAGACCAAGCUGGACUGUACCCAUCUGUGGAGGAGGAGAACGAUAAACACAAACCAAGCAGCAAACGGGUGACAUUUCCCUCAGAUGAGGAUAUUAUCUCUGGAGCAGUGGAGCCCAAAGACCCCUGGAGACAUGCCCAGAAUGUGACGAUGGAGGAGAUCCUCUCUUCCUACAAACAAGCGUGUCAGAAACUCAACUGUAAACCCAUACCCAAAGUACUCAAACAGAUACAGGAACUGAAAGACCUGACUCAGCGAAAUGAAUGCUUCGAUCUGAAAGGUGAGAAGCUGGACUACAAAGCAUGUGAGUCUCUGGAAGAGAUUUUGAAGAGGGUCCAGUUUAAAGUCAUAGACCUGGAGCAAACCAACCUGGACGAAGAUGGUGCAUCAGCUCUGUUUGACAUGAUUGAGUACUAUGAGUCAGCCACGCAUCUCAACAUCUCCUUCAACAAGCACAUUGGCACACGGGGAUGGCAAGCAGCAGCUCACAUGAUGAGAAAGACAAGCUCUCUGCAGUAUCUGGAUGCACGUAACACUCCUCUGCUGGACCACUCGGCUCCCUUUGUAGCUCGAGCUCUCAGGAUCAGCGGCAGCCUGGCGGUGCUCCACCUAGAGAACGCCGGCCUGUCCGGCAGACCGCUCAUGUUACUGGCUACGGCUCUGAAGAUGAACAUGAACCUGCGGGAGUUGUACCUGGCAGACAACAAGCUCAACGGCCUGCAGGACUCGGCCCAACUUGGCAACUUGCUGAAGUUCAACUACAACAUUCAGAUCCUGGACCUGCGCAACAACCACAUCCUGGACUCUGGUCUGGCCUACGUGUGCGACGGACUUAAAGAGCAGAGGAAAGGCCUGGUCACGUUGGUGCUGUGGAACAACCAGCUCACACACAACGGCAUGGGCUUCCUUGCUGCUGCACUGCCGUGCACCCAGAGCCUGGAGACCCUGAACCUCGGCCAUAACUCUGUGGGUAAUGAAGGGGUCCACAAGCUGAAGGACGGACUGAUUACCAACCGCUCCGUGCUCAGACUGGGCCUCGCUUCCACCAAACUGUCCUGCGAAGGAGCUGUGGCUGUUGCUGAAUUCAUUGCUGAGAGCCCCAGGCUGAUACGUCUAGACCUUCGAGAGAAUGAGAUCAAGACGGGUGGACUGAUGGCCCUGUCACUCGCCCUAAAAGUCAACACCUCUCUGCUGCGUCUCGACCUGGACCGGGAGCCCAAGAAGGAAACUGUGAAGAGUUUUAUUGAGACCCAGCGUGGUCUGCUGGCUGAGAUCCAGAACGGCUGCAAGAGAAACUUCAUACUGGCUAAAGAAAAGGAGGAAACAGAGCAGCAGAUGAGGCAGUCGGCAUCCAUGGCCGAAAUAGCCACAGAGGAUGGCACCAGAGAAGAAGAGGAGGAGGAACCAAUAUCAAAAGAGGGCGGGGACAAAGAGGUGACAGAGGGAGAACAAAAAGGUAGAACAGGAAAUGAAGAAGGGUCCAGCAGCCAGUCACGAGAGAGCACUGAGACGAACCUUCCUCAAAUGAUCCUGGAGUCCGACUCGGACACUGAGGAUGAGGAUGAGGAGGUGGUAACUAAGUCCGCUUCCUCGUCAAACCCCUCAACCCGGUUCAACCAGACUAAUCCUCAAUCCAACACAGCGGUGGCCCCGCCCCUCCUCAGUGCCUCGUGUAUGCCCUCACCCGUCUCGGCCUCUCCCACGGGUGGGCCGUGUGCCAUUUCCAGCAUCACUGUCUCAGAAUCUGCGGCUCCUCCGGGCACCCCGCCAUCUCCUGGUCGAUGUAUAUCUGUUUCUAGUCCAGGGAGGGGUCACAAGAUCUUCAUGGUAACUCGGGUUGAAAGCCCUCCUGAGCAGCAACAACAGCAGCAGCAGCUACACAUCCAGGCAGGUGUACGUGCAGCUCCCAGCCGUGGGGAAGAGGCCUCAAAGAAGCCUGUAGACAGGAACACCCCCCCGACACAGCAGACACCGCCCUCGUCCAAAGCAGCUACACAAACACAAGUGACUCUAGGAGACGUGAAAGCGAGCUCACCUGCUCCGUCAAUAGACUGUAAACUCCCAGAGCAGAGUCCUGUAGCCCACUUAGAGUCGGCACUAAAUACCACGCGAGGGCCACCGUCUGCCAGUCGAGCCACGGAGGAUGUGAUCGCUAGCACUUUAGAUCCAGAAGGGACAGAUACGAGUCAACGAGCACCAGCCAUGCCUUCAAAUUCCUCGUCGGUGCAGGCUGCAGCAUUUCAACUCACUGAGGAGGUAAUAGAGGGCAUUAAAAGCCCACAAAUUGAGGCCACCGCUGUAGAAGUAAAGCAGAGAGAGGAGGAAGGAGAUGACAGACAGGUGAGCACAGCAGAAGGGUCUAAACUAUUGGAUGAUCUGAGUCCAACCCAGACUUGUGUCCCUGUGGUGCAAACGCAGCAGCAGCAGCUUUUACCAUCUGCUCUGGAAAACCUACGGGAUGAGCCAGCUUUUGCAUCAGAGGAUUCACAGAACCAAAUGGAGGGAGAGAAAGAGGAGCCACUUCUACAGGGAGAACACGAAGGGCCGCUCGACUUGUCGGGAAAUGAAAAACCUGGUUUAACAGAGACAGAGGCCUCCCAGUCGGACCAAGAGGAACUAUGUCCAAAGCGGCAAGCCGAGGCAGACGAGAUUGUCCUCUCUGCCCAGACUGAUGAACAAGAGCUGUCUGUCCCUCAAGGUGGAGCCCAGGAGUUAAAUCCUCAUGCAGAGGAAGCCUCAAAGAGUCCAGAACUCCCCACGACAGAGUCCGUGUCCCCAGUCAGAGACGAGGCUUCACCUGAUGAGAGCUCUGCAGACGAGGACGAGUUUGCUGAUGCUCAGGAGGACGAGGACCAGGACCAGGAGAUGGUUGCUUCAGCUCUCCCCAACGGCCUGAAGCCCGAGUUCUCCCUCCAUCUUGUCGACGCGGAAAGCCCCAAGCCAGGCAGCUGUGUGAUGGAGCACGUGAGUGUCACCGGUGGACAAGACCUGGAGGAGCUGCUCCUAGAAGCCAGUUUGGAGGCGGGUAGAGAGACGCCAUGAGGGUGUGAGAGACGGUGAGGACAAGAGAAAACGCCACAGUCUGUCUGGCUCUACUACGUGACUCGUUGCCCUACAAUGUUUAUGUUUUUUCUUUGACUUUACCACCAACACAACCUUUCCUCAAAGGACAGAAGACCUGGUGUGACGGUUUAAGCUCUCUGAAAAUUUAAGCAAAUUAUGGAAAGACAAAAGGACAGAUCCAACUCCUGGAGCGUUGCUAAGGAGCCCUCCACACCCACAUUACAUUGACCACUGAAACACAUACAUACAUAAAUGCACAUUAUGAGGAAGCGAAAUGAAAUCUUUACACAGCCGCCCGCAAGUGAGAAAGAAGAGAGCGAAGGAUGAAACACUAACCAAAGACAGAACACAGACCUUUUCCUCUCGUUGCUCUCGUGUAGAUUUCCACUGUAGUUGGGGAAAUAUCCUGCAAUAUACCUUUUUUCUUCUUCUUCUUCUCUUUAUAAAGUACAUACACAGACAUAACAAGUGAUGACCAGAAACACAGACUUGAUGACACAGUGGACCCUGCUGAGCAGACCUGCUGGCUUUAAACACUAGCUCCGGAGGUGGAAGUUGGCCAAUGUCAAAGGCUUUUAUAUGUGAGGAAGCCGAAGAUGUUAUCGUGUCUGUUUAAAUGUCAAUGUGUCGUGUCUCUCCCCACUCCCGACAAUUUCUCCCCUCAGGGGCGGUAAAAGAGAAGCUCUUAAGGGACCUCUGCCAAAGUGACCUCCCACUCUCUGUUUCCUCAUCCUCUGCUCACUUUGGCCCCUCAGGAAUCAGUGUCUCCCUCCAGUCUGAUCUCCUCAGAUCAGAUGUGGAGGAGCCCUAACUGUCUCUACCUGCCUUUGGAAAGUGGCGGUCGGUAAUUUGGCUCCGAGCUGAAAAAUGACAGAACUUCUGCAAAUGUCGGAAAGCAAGAUGGCCGCUGAGUUAUUUACAUCUUUUUUUCUUUUCUUUUUUCCUCAAUUCUCUGAAACGUUCAGACACUAUUAUUGCUUUGUUCGACCAGUCAUUGUUGUGUUUAACUCUUCCAAGGAUGGCAGCUUGGUGCUUGUCGUCAUCUCGUCCCUCUUCCUGUCUUCCACUAGUACUUUAUAGCUUCACCGCUGCAGCGCAUCAUUCAUGUUGCCUUCAAAACUCACCACUUUUGGAUUCGGUCAUUUUUCUGUUGGGCUGCUUUGAGAAAUUAGUCAUUUUCUAUUUAUUUCAUAGCGUCAUGAGCCUUGUCUGAUCUAGUUUUCGCAUUUUAUUCUUCACCUCCAUCCUCAUUUUACUUUUCUUUUCCAUUUUUGCGGGUUGCUUUUUAGAGAUUGCCCCCACUUUGAUGUAUAUUUCAAAUUUAAACUAGAGCAAAUAUUUUGUUUUUUUUUGUUGAGGGGGGGGGAGGGGGCAGUGUAAUCUUUGUUGGAAGGAAAGGUGAAUAUGAUUGGAUGGUUGACCACGGUAGCCGUUGGGGUUCAGUAACAAAAGCAAACAGCAGUAGAAAUAUACAUUGAUUAGAACCCUGCUGUGUGAGGCUUUGGCCAUAUGGGGGCGCUGGGGGGCGCGUUGUUUUCCCACAGCGGAUACAGAAGUCAAGGAUGCCACACUGCAGGAGACGAUGUCGGCACUCAAAUCCAACUCCUGUCUUGAAUGUUCCAGAGCAAAAUGUACAUGACUUGUCAACUUCAUGUAUGUUUGCACAGAGAUGCUUUGAAUUAUUCCCUGAACGGUGGAUCGGUGGUUUGUUUGUUUUUCUUAAGUGGAGCAUCCGACCUUCCGGCUCCGCUCCACCCAACAGGUUCUCCCACUGUUAAUGCUUUCAAUUUUAGAAAAUUUUAAAUGAUAAUUUGUUAACUUAAUUGAAAAACUUCUGGUAAUCACAAGGAUAUGUAUGGCGAAAUUUGUUCCUCUCAAAUAAAUGCAUGUAAUGACUAAAUGAUACGACUGGAUGUUUUAAUGUCUGUACUCUGCCGGUGGGAAAAUGUGAGCAUAGAUCAAGUUUGGAUACAGCUGGUCCCCUCUGCUUAAUGUCUUGUGGAGUCAAUAUAUAACUUCACUCAAAACAGUUGUAGUAAUUUGAUGCACUGUUCAAGAGUACUGUCCAGUACCCGGUUUUAUUUUUCACUUUCUGUUAAUCGGUAACAAAAGUACAGACCAUUACAUGUGCUUUGAUUCAGUCCAGAGACUUGCCGGAGAGUCCGCUGUCUGUAGUGUAAUUUUAGUAUAUUAUUAUUUGUAUUAUUAGUCUCAAGUUGGAUGUUCAGUGGAGCUUUAAGAAACUAAGUUUUGCGGUCAUAAUUGCAACUGUCGAAUACAUUUUCCCAGUUUCCUAUUCGGUCCCAUGUUUUAUUAUUCAUGUAUCUGUUCUUGAAUGUUGUAUCUGAUGUAAAAUCCUUCCUGUAAAACACAGAAAUAUUUUUGAUGACUCCAAUAUAAUCCAAUCUAUUGUAAACUGGGUGCGAUAAACCGGGCCAUCGGAUACAACCGUACAAGUUGUUUGCAUUUAAAGCGACAAAACCUUAAAUAAAACCUUAGUAAAAUCACGUGGCAGCAACAAACACUUAAAUCAGAAACCUGCCCUUCCUUUUUAUCUGGAUCUGUUGUCGCAGAGGCCAGUGACAUAAAGAAUCAAAGAGGAACGACACACACACACAGAAACCUCCCUUUGAUUAUGCUACUAAAUCAAAAUCUGCUUAUUCAUAAAAACCUCUAAUCUUCUGUGUCUUGCAAUAAUUUGGACUCUAUAUGUCUUUUAAGCCUUUUGAAAAUAUUCCAUCAAAAACAAUGAGCUCUCACUCCCUGAUGUCUCCUGCCGUGAUGGGGUGUGGUGAUGGCGGGACUUUGAGCCCUGCUCUGUAUGUGAAGAAUUCCAGACUGCACUAAUCCACUCCCACCCAGCGCCGCGUCAAUAAUACAGAAGGUUGUGAGGCUUCAUUGCUUAACCAGAAAAUAAAGGUCUCUUUAUAGCUUGAAUAUUGCAAGUGUGGAAAGGGGAAAGGCUACUUUGAGCAUUUAUAAGGAUAAUGUUGUGCAAUCACAGUCAUCUUUUGAACUCUCUCAGAACACCUUCAGUGCAACCAGAAGUGUCUGUUUCAUAUCACGAUGAGUCGAGUCAAUAAAGGUCUGGCUUCUUGAACCUCCAUAGUGAGCAGUUUCAUUGCAUCUGUUGGGUGUACCUGUAUUAUUCUGGUUAAAAUAAAACUUUUCCCGA